AUGGCUUCUCCACUCAUGGUGAAUGCCCCGCAAGCCACGUUGCAUUCCCUGAACAAUGCAGACGGGUCGGCGACGUACAGCGCUCCGCAUCACAGCUACAAAAUAGUCGCCGGCGUCAACUACCCGGUCGAAGUACCCUAUCGAUCCGAUGAACUACCCGAAUCCACCUUUGUCGAGGUCAACCUCCGACCGCACAACGGCGUAGGCAUGGUCAAGGAACGGCACGUCGAAGAUCUCAUCAAACGCACUCUGCAGGCCCUCGUGCUGGGCGAGGAGACUCCCCGGACCAUGCUCCAGGUCACCCUUCAGAUAGUCUCGGUCGAGACGGACGAGAGUCUCCCUGGUGGGGUCAAAGGCGGUGGCCAAGGUGAGACGUAUCUCGACAUGCUCGCGUCGGCCCUCAACGCCGCCAUGCUCGCGUGUCUUGACGCAGGCGUGCAGAUGAGGACCAUCGCGGGGGCGGCAGUCAUUGGACUGAGUCGUGAUGGGCAGAUAGUCGUCAACCCGGACGUUGUCCAACGACAGAACAGUUCCAGCUUGCACGUCUUUGCCUUUACCCAGGAUGGCAAAACGCUGUUGAUGGAGAGCGAGGGCCGGUUCGGCAUGGAUCACCUCAAACGAGCAGAACACGCCGCUCGUUUGGCAGUGGUCGGCCAGGGUCGGCGCGCCAACAACAACAACAAGACCAAUGCACGCGAUGCAAGCGAAGUAGCCACGGAUGCAUACAAACUUCCCAACGGAGAUGUUGCCAUGAACGGAACCGACCACGACGUGGUCGUCUCCGUGCUGGACGUGAUGAGGAAAGCCAUGGUAGCCCGUGUGAUUAAGGACGAGAGCUGGCGACAGGACUAA